UAAUAUUAGUGCAGAACACUGUACCUUUAAUUUAAAUGCCCUUGGAGUCUGCUAGGGAAGAGAAAUAAUACUGUCAGUCAGUAUGACAUGCAGAUGAGUGCCGUCGAUCUUAGAAUCACCGCACACUUCACUCAUUUGGCCAGUCACGGGGCCAAAACCAGUGUUUGGAGCCACAGUGUGUGGCGGUGGAGGCAGCAGCAAUUGGGAGGCCAUACAGCAACUUAUGACAAAAUGGAAACCAGCAGGAGUGUGAGGAGACCUCAAAGUGGCACAUGGCAGAGUGGGAGCAAUGGGAGAGUGGGAGCAAUGGGAGGCGGUACAGGGACCCAU